AUGGUGAAACCAGGGCUCCCGGGUUCUCCGUCAGGCAGUGACCAUGCCGACAAUGAACCUCCCAUCAUCGCCCAAGCCACGACACCCUCAACCACCAAACAACACCGCACCUUCCGGUCCUUCAUCUGGGACACAGACACCCACCUCAAAACCCCCGAAGAGCGCAAGUUACUCCUCAAACUCGACUGGUCCAUCCUCAGCAUCGGCUGUCUCGGCUUCUUCAUGAAAUACCUCGAUCAAGGCAACAUCGCCAACGCCUACGUAUCCGGCAUGCAGGAAGACCUCGCCAUGCGCGGCAACGAGUACACCUACGCCGUGACCGCCUACACCUGCGCCUACGCCGCCAUGCAGAUCCCCAGCACCCUCGUCAUCCAGCGCAUCCGCCCGAGCGUCUGGCUGGCCCUCAUGGAGGUCGGCUGGGGCACGUGGACCUUCGCCCAGGCGGGGAUGCGGAGUUCCGCCCAGCUGUAUGCGUUUCGCUUCCUGGUGGGCCUGUUUGAGAGCUCGUUUUUCCCGGCCCUGCUGUAUGUGCUUGGGAGCUGGUAUACCAGGACUGAGUUGGCUAAGCGGGUGGCUCUCUUCCAUAUGACGGCUCCACUGGGGAGUGCUUUUGGAGGGUACUUGCAGGCGGCGGUGUAUACUAACUUGAAUGGUGUUCAUGGACUUGCGGGCUGGAGGUGGCUGUAUAUCAUCUGUGGAUGCAUGACGGUCCCUGUUGGACUCGCAACGUACAUUUUCCUUCCGGACACUCCCUACACUACAAGAGCCUGGUUUCUCACCGAGAGUGAACGGGAGCUUGCUAAAGAGCGAGUGAUCAGAGCAGGCAAGGCGGCACCUGUAAGGGUGACGCUUGCGACGUUCAAGAGGAUUCUGUCUUCGUGGAAGUGGCACGCUUUUGUGCUGGGAUACGUGCUAUACGGGUCAUCGUGCGGCGGCAAUGGAUACUUUGGCAUCUGGCUCAAGUCUGAGCAUUUCUCUGUUGUCGACAGGAAUGUCAUCCCUACUGGAACUUCAUUGAUCUCGGCGACAUGUGUUGUCCUCUGGGGAUUCCUGUCGGAUUAUACGGGGAGCAGGUUCGCAUGGGUGCUGAGCCCUCUGAUUCUUGGACUUAUCCCCAACGGAAUUCUGGCAUUCUGGCCAUCGGGAAUUGCGGUGAAGGAGUUUGCUUUCUUGACUGUCAACAUACAUCUCAUGACAGCCGUGUUCUACUCCUGGGCCAACGAGGUUUGUGCCGGUGAUAAUGAAGAGCGUGCAGUCGUCAUCAGUAGCAUGAACGGCUUCCAGUACGCCGUUGCCGCCUGGCUACCAAUUGUCAUUUUCCCACAGACUAUGGCCCCAACCUUCCGAUACGGUUUCCCGACAACCUUUGGGCUCGUCAUUGCUGCGAUCAUUGGCGUCGUCGCGAUUCAACUAUUUGUCCUGCAUGACAACCGAAAAGCACGUCGAUCAUCCACCGACAGUGAGGAAGGCGUCACUUCCGCGGUUAUCAGGGCUGGGAUCAAAGAUGGAGAGCAAGGCUGA